GCACGUGGCGGGCUACCGUGACGGGGGGUCAGCCACUCCCAGUGCCAACCAGGCCUCACGCCCCCUCUUCAUUCCGAACUGACAAAAUCACACCGCUCUGUCACGCCUCCUUUUCUUCAUCCGACUCCUCUGUGUAGCUUAUCGGUUCCGCCGCGGCAAUUAGCCCCGGUCCGUUUUCACGGUGUCUGAAGGUAAUCAGGGCUGUCACCGCGGCUCGUCUCUGUUUGACCCGCAGGCUGUUUGGAUAUCACCUCUGUGCCUGACUGGAACAUAGUGUCCUUGACAUAAAGGGGAAGAAUGACAGCCAAGCACCGAAAAGGGAAAAGCAACCACAAACAAGAGGAUAACUUUUUUAAAAGUGAGCUCUUGGAAACAGAAGUUCGCCCUGGUGGGAACAGCCACACUCCUCUGCUGGUUUUAGUUUCGGUCGUUGUGAUCGGCUGGGUCGCCGGUGCAUGUUUUUUUUUCCAGCAGCACCUAACUUUAACUGACCUGACAGACAACGUUAUGGGCAUUCAGGUGAAAAUAGCCAAACUGCAGUCUUCUCACGAGGAGCUGAGGCUGUCAAAUACAAAGCAACAUGUUUCAGAGAAUGUGAACACACGACUGGCUUCGUUGGAGGAGUCUUAUGCACUGACUCAGAAACAGGUGGGCAUGGCCUUGGCUACGGCUGAGCAGCUGAAGACGUCCGACCUCCCUGCUCAGGUGCUGUCUUUGCACACUGAGAUGAAAACCCGUCUGGCAGAAGUGCAGCAAGCCACCGUGUCUCUGGAGCAACUGAGCCAGUUGCAGAGCAUGCUGACGGGGAAGAGCGUGGAGUUUGAGGACAUCAGGUUGCAGAUGGAGGGCUUGGCUGCUCUGAGCAGUGAACUGUCCCACAAGGUUGAGGACUUGUCUUUGAACUUUGCUGAAGCUGAAUCAAAGAUGGAAGAAAAGAUUGCCCAGAUUACCACAAUGACUGCUACCUUGGAUGGACAGACCAGUGAGGUGUUGAAACUGAAAAAUCAACUGGACACUUAUCAGGCACAGCUGGUGGAAACGGCUAAUCUCAGAGCGUUCCUUGAAAGUAAAGAGUCACAGCUGUCCCUGAAGGCCAGUGAAGAGGAGCAGGUGGUAGACCGAAUACAGCCUCCUGCCGAGUAUCGUGAAAGGAAAGAGGCAGAUGACGCUGAGGAAAAAGCGGUGGCUGAGGAUGAAGAGGUAACUGAUGAUGAAGAAGAAUUGGCUGCAGCUGAUGAUGAAAAAGAUGAAGAGGUGGCUGAAGCUGCUGUGGAGGAAACGGCAAUUGCAGAAUCUGAGGAGGAAGAAGACAUUAUGGAAGUUGAAAACGACCAGGUAGCUGAAGCAAAUGAGGAACAAGUAGAUAAUGCUGGCACAAGUGAAGAAGAAAAAGAGCCUGCAGAACUUGAUGAGGAGCAAAUAGGGGAAACAGAACCUGAUGAAGAAGAAAAGGUAGUUGCAGAACAUGAUGAGGAAGAAAAGGCAGUUGCAGAACAUGAUGAGGAAGAAGGGCAGGCUGCAGGACACAAUGAGGAAGAAGAGGAGGCUGCAGAACACGAUGAGGAAGAAGGGCAGGCUGCAGAACACGAUGAGGAAGAAGAGGAGGCUGCAGAACACGAUGAGGAAGAAGAGGAAGCUGCCAAACCUGAGGAUCAAGAGGAGGCUACCAAAAUUGAGGAGCAAUUGGAGAAUGUUGUCAAAUCUGAGGAGCAAGUAGAAGAGGCUGCUGAAUCUGAAACUGAACACCAGGCACUUGCUGAGGAAGAGGAAGCUCCCACAACUGAGGAAACAGAAGAGGCACCUGGAGAGGAAGACACAGAAAAAACUCCAGAAGAUGCACUUCUAGCAGCUGAAGAUGGACAGGAACUGUCUUCACAAAAAGAAUCAGGAGCGUAUUUGCAACAGGAAGAAUAUGCAGCAGCUGAUCAACAAUAUUCAUCUCCUGUGGAGCAGAAAGACAGAGAGAUGGAAGAAACUGCUACUGAAGAGGAGGGAAAUGACACGGAGCGUGAAGAGUUGGAAGAGGAGGGAAAUGACACGGAGCAUGAAGAGUUGAUUGCUGGGUCAGAAAGCAAGACAGAUUAUGAAGAAAACAUUCAGGAGGAAUCAACAGCCCUAGAGGAGAAACGAGAGGCAGAGACAGAGGAGGAUAAAAAUGGCAAAAUAAAAGAGAUGACUGAAGAACACCAAGAUCUACCAGCUGAAGAGGAGCCACAGGAGGCAGAUGAGGACGAGUUAUUGGAAGAAUUUGCUUUUCUAGAAAAUAAAUGAAGCAAGUAAGAAAACCAGUUUUGUGUUCGAUAAAUUAAUUUAUUGGCCUCAGUGCAUUGAAAAUCCAAUGUCUUGUAAUAUUAUUCACUCCUUCAACAUGUUCAUAUUUAUCAUGUUUGGUGUCCAAAUUAAUUGUUUUAUGUGACGGACCAACACAGAGUACAGUUGAAUGUGAAUUAGAAGGGAAUAAAUAUGAGGCUUUCAAAAUAAUAUUUUGACAAGUAUGCUAUUGUUUUAUUACAUUUAAGAAUCUUCUUAAGUCAAUCUACAAAUUAAAAGUUUUGUACUAGCACUUUGGAAAAAUUACUCAAGCACAUUCAGAUUUUCAGCUUUUUUUGGAAACCACUGAAGUCUUUAAACAGCAAUUCUGAGAUCUGGCCUUAUCUCAUCCUUUGUAUUUGGCUCCGUCCAUCUUCCCAUGAACUCUGACCAGCUUCCCUGAACCCGCUGAAAGAAAAACAUCCCCACAGCACCAUGAAACAGGGUUUUACAAUGACUUUCCUUCAAAAAUGUCAUGUUUUACUUUUGUCUUCAUGAUGCUUUUUAUUCACCGGAGUUCUCUAACAGACCUCUGAUACCUUCACAGAGCAGCUGUAAUAUUAUCAAGAUUAAAUUGGAUAAAAGUGAGUAUUUAUUUAAUAGAUGAUCCCUGGAAGGAGUUACUUUACCUGGAUGUACUUUGGCUAUAUUGGAGUAAAGGGAAUAUAAAUGCAAGGUCACCCUUUUAAUUUUCAAUUUUUUUGUACAAUAUUGAAAACCUUGUUUUGUUUUUGUUGGUCUGUCACUUAAAAUUGACUAAAAUGACAAACAAUGAAAAUGUUUGGGUGUGAAUAUGUUGUGGUAAGACAGACACUGAGACUACUUUUGAUUAGAUGCCCCUUCUGUUACAUUUCUUAUGUAAUUUGAUCUUUGUUACAGGGCAUGGCUGAUAAUUCUUUGUUUUUUUGUUGUUUUUUUGUUGGUAUGCUGAAGAAAUCCACCAAGAAGAAUGGGAACUUUACAGACUGUCUACACUAUGACAAAAUGCAGGUUUUUUUGUUUUGUUUUGUUUGAUGGCAGAUGAUGUUUGGAAGGCAGACCAAAUCAGAGUGCACUGAAAAGAUGAAAUUUAGUUGAUUUUUUUUUUAUGUUUACCUCUCAAUAACAUUGUCAAAAGCCUUAAUUCAUAACAGAUACCUUUUCAAAGAAAAUGAUCCACUCUUCAUAAGUCCCACUUUUGGCAUCAUGUCUCUGCACAAACUGAAAGAUUUAACCAAGUAACAUAAGAAGCUUUUUCAGUGCAGUAAAAUCCCAUGCGGCUUUCUCUCGGUAAUUCAGCUGACAAAAUGGGAAUCAUCUAUUAUCAAUCAAUCAAUGAAAUUUUAUUUGCAUAGCACAUUUCAGCAUCAAGGCAUUUCAAAGUGCUUUACAUCAUAUCAAACACAGAAACACAAUGCAACAUAAAAUCAAAAUCAAAACACGACAAUAAGUCAAGUUCCAUCAGUAAAUUUGUAAUUGAUUAUGUUUCAAAUACAAUUCUUAACAGUUUGGUUUUUCGUCGAGUUUGCAUCCAUAAAAGGUUUACCUGUUACACUCUUACUGUGUUAUAUAGAAGAAAGUACCUAUUGCUUUUUUUAUUCCCACUCAAGCUCUCAAUCACACAGUUUAAAACGAUGUAAACAGCCUGUGUUUACAUCCUAUUGUAUGGAUUUAUUACACACAGCAUCAUGUUUUGCAAGCAUUUAUUUCUGCUAUUUUUUUAUGAUUAUGGCUUACAGCUAAUGAGAACUCAAAAUCAAAUCCUAUGUCCUGAUUACACUUGUUGGAAUCUCCGCACAAACUCUUUAAUGGGUUUGCAUCACUGUCCUCUCAAGACCAUUUCUCAUGUUGUUUGUGCACCUUUUUUUAACCACACAUCUUUCUUUUUAUUCAGUUGUCCUUUAAUAACCAUUCAUAUAUGAAGACAGUGUUAAUUUUUUAUGCUGCAUUAAUACAUUGCAUUCUGUGAGCAGUCAGCUUCAUCAUUAUUUUUGGAUGCUUUCUUGCGGAGAGAGGUAAUGGCUGCUGAACUCCUAUCAAGACAGCAGUCUUCACUUUGUGAUUGCAUAUGUCAAACAGUGCCCUUAGCGCAACAUUACUGUGCUAAAACCUUUUUUGUCACAGCUCAUAUGUGAAAUAUAUGUAUAUUUUUUCUUUCUGAAAUUGAAUUUGGGUUCCCAACCCAAACCAUCAAACUUAACAGAAUUAAAUGCUUGAAAAAUAUCAUUGAAAUUAGUCUAAUAAAAUAGUGGAAUUGAUUGUAAAGUUUUGACAUUGAAAUGAAAUAUUUUACUAAGAUGUAUAUGUAUAAUUCAAGCUAGAUUUAUAUACUCAAGAUGGUAAAAGACAAAAUAGAUCAAUUUAUUUCUUCAUCAGUAUUUUAUAACUUCAUAUUCAUAAUUUAGUUUACUAUACAAUGGGAGGAUUUACUCUCAGAGUGAAUACUGUUUCAUACAGCCUUUAAAUGGCACAUUGAAGAAGCUCAGGGACAAAUCAUUCUUUACAUAGAUAGCUAAACGGUCACCGCUGAACUAUAGCAACAUUAUGAUGCCUAACAUUAAACACACUUGGGAAAAAAAGAGCCCAAGGUUUUGAACAAAUUUUGGUGUGGAAAUGAGCUUGUAUGAAGCCAGUGCCAGUUUGGCUUCAUACAAACUGGCACUGGUAUGAAGCACUGGUAUUUGUUUUGGUGUAUCGUCACCAAAAAAAAUGGUGACGAUACAUCAACUAGGUUAACUACUUCAAUUUGCUGUGUCAUAACCUUAUAGUGUCAGACAUUAAUUAAAAAUAUGUCCUGGGUAAUAAUAUUUAACGGAAUACGAAACGAUGGUUUUCAUGGUUCCUUUGAUUGCAGUCACAAAUCUCAUCUGCUGUAUGUGUAUUGGAAGUAAAGCCACAUCAGACUUUUUCAGAACUCUCCAGGAAAAGCCUAUUGAUACUGUGAAUCCUCACAUGACAGUUAUUUGCUGCACACUGUAAUAAGGUCAAAAUAUGUUACUUUGUAAAUUUUUACUAAAUCUGUCUGUACUGUUUUCCUUUGAUAUGUCGGUACCCCCUGUUGUUAAAAUAAACCAUCUUUCCUUUCCUUUUA